AUGGUGGAGCAUCACCCACCCCGGGGGAUCAGGAUGGAGCACCACCUACCCCGGGAGGAUCAUGGUGGAGCACCACCCACCCCGGGGGAUCAGGAUGGAGCACCACCCACCCUGGGGGAUCAGGAUGGAGCAUCACCCACCCCGGGGGAUCAGGAUGGAGCACCACCCACCCUGGGGGAUCAGGAUGGAGCAUCACCCACCCCAGGGGAUCAGGAUGGAGCACCAUCCACCCUGGGGAAUCAUGGUGGAGCACCACUCACCCCGGGGGAUCAGGGUGGGGGUACCACAGCACUGCUGCCUGCCCUGAGCAUCCCCGGGGGUGUGGGGCAGAGUGGAGGCCCACAGCACUUUGAAAGAUCAGUCUUAGGGCUGCCCAGGGCAGGCAGGGAUUCAGACACCUGUCCUGCCCCUGCUGCUACCUGCACCUGCUCCUCAGAGACCCCUGGGCCCCCUGGCCCACAAGGACCUCCAGGUCUCCCCGGGAGAAAUGGUGCCCCUGGAGAGCAGGGUUUCCCAGGGCCCCGGGGUCCACCCGGGGUCAAAGGGGAGAAGGGUGAUCAUGGACUCUCAGGCUCACAGGGUCCCCCUGGUCACCAGGGUACCCCCGGGAGAGUUGGCCUUCAGGGACCAAAGGGAAUGAGAGGACUGGAAGGGACUGCUGGCCUGCCCGGACCACCUGGCCCUAGGGGGGCCCAGGGCAUGGCAGGUGCCCGGGGGGCUGGUGGAGAGCGAGGAUCCCCAGGGGCUGUGGGACCCACGGGGCUGCCAGGGCCCAAAGGAGAACGAGGGGAGAAGGGGGAGUGCCAGUCCCUCACUGCCAUCUACCAGCUUGUGAACCAGGCCUGUGAGUCCGCCAUUCAGACUCAUAUGCUCAAGUUCGACUCCUUCCUCCGUGGGAACAGUCGGCCCCCAAUGCCUAUGUUGGAGAAGGCGGGGAGGCCAGGUGCGCCCGGACCCCCUGGUGUGCACAGCGGAGCUCCGUCUCCCAGAAAACUGGUACACACAGACCACCCUAAGGACAGAGGCCCUGAGCCUCCCCUGUCCAGAGCCCCUGAGGCCACUUUCUCCCUCCAGCCAUGUCUCAGGACCUUCCUUGGACCUCAGCCCAUGCACAGCAUCCUGUGA